AAGGUCACUGCUUCUCGGUUACGGCAACCAGUCUCGACCUAGGAACCACCAUCUGUAAAGUCUGAAGAAUCUGCGGUGUGUUCUGUCUCUGGUGUGCCGUUCACUGGCAACGCUACCGCCGUAUGCCACGGGGAGUCCAGCGACGAAGUGGCGGUUACUUCAGUUUCUCGAACAAAACCGACUUUCACAAACGCCUUCCGUGAACGAAGUCACAUUCCGUGGCCAGCUGUGCGAGAAGGAGAUUUCGUGGUAGAAAAAACGACGCGCUUCCGGUCUCCCCCCUUGCCAUGGUUGUGGAGUCGUGCGAGCAACGGUGCCCCGCAAACGCGGCUGGCAGUCGCACUCUGCUUCCCCUCCUUCCGGUCUUCGGGUCUUUCACGAAACGGCAGGACAAGGACAGUUCACCACAGAACGCCUGCCAAAAGUCUCUGCCCAGUCCUGAACAAAAACUUCGGUCGCUCUUUGCUUCCAGUUCCCCCUGCGUUCUACCCACCUCGUCGGGGCGGCCGGCGACUUCCGCUGUGGUUCUUGCGAGUGCGAGUGUUCGGCGACUGGAGUUGUGCCGCAGCGUGCUGAACUUGGAUGUCGAGUGCAUGCCAUCCGACUUCGAAGCUCUUCGUAGACCCUCGAAGCCUCAGGCAAAUGGUCGCGAGAAAAAGAACCAAGAAGCGGGGGAGCGGGGAGCAGCUGAGAGCGAGGAAGGCCACAGACAGAUUGACACCGUCUCUCCGGAUGAAGAGGAGAGUCUUCUUGUGAAACUUGUGGAGACAAACGAAGCGAGACAGGCGCAGGCAUCCAGCAAGUCCCGGGCGUCUGUCGGUUGGGAUGCGGAGCUCUACGCUCUUAAAACAGCGAACGGAAAAGCUCGAAGCGUGGCCAGAGAGAUAUGGAAAACCGAUGAGGCUUCUCUUAACAAUGCCAAUCGGGGGCCGCCUCAAGCCGAUGACGAAGCUUGUUGUUCUGCCCAGAAGAGACAAUGCCGAGAGAGCGCCGCUCGGUCGCGAGCAGGGGAGAGAUCUCCGUCCCCUCGUUAUACGCCUCUUCCACCGCACUCAAUCGUCAUCGGAGCCGACACUAUUGUCGAGCUGGACGGACAAAUUCUGGAAAAACCCAAAGACGAGCAAGACGCAAGGCGAAUGCUCGCGAGCUUGAGUGGAAGAACACACGCAGUCCACACAGCAGUCAGCCUUUACUCUCGACAGGGUGGAGCUGAGCAUCCAGUUGCUGCUUUCGUCGAAACGACGAAAGUGACAAUGGUGGCUCUCGGCAGCGACGAUAUCGAGGCGUAUGUGCGUACCGGGGAACCCAUAGACAAGGCAGGUAAGUUCUUUGCCUCCCGUCUCGUGUUGCUCAUUUCCUCUCUGUGUUUUUCCUCUUAUGUGUUUUCCUUAAAAUUUUGUCGUGCAGUGGGGCAUGCAGACGGUCUGUUUACGAAUCUAUGUGUGCAUGAGAAGGUAUAAAGCAAGCGGAUGCCCACAAACAGUAGGAAGAGAAGGACGACGGAUAAGAUAGAAGAGACGCGGCAGCGAGAGAAAUGCGUUUCACUCACUCUACACAGGCCAUUUGAGCGGACUGGCUUUCUUUGCUAUGCUUCAAGGUAGCUACGGCAUCCAAGGCAUUGCUGGUCAGUUCGUUUCUCGAAUUGACGGCUGUUUCUUCAACGUCGUCGGGUUGCCGGUGACGAGGCUCGCGGAGGCUCUCGUUGACCUCUGGAAGCGGUCAUUGAUCAUAUGAUUUUCCCCAAACACUUCAACAUAUCACUCCACAAGGGAACACGAAAAACCGAACAGGCAUAGUCGGCAGCACAAACCCACCUAUACGCUCGGAUUGUGUGAUUACGUGUCCUAGCCUCUGGGUUUUUGAGGCGCAGCCACCUAGAUUUGCUCAUUUGCUUAAACCGUAUUGGGUGAAUUCAAUCACCUAGUGAAAUGAUGAUCCUAAUGUGUUUUAAACACAUACAUGCGCUGAUCUUGGGGGAUUGCUUUACUGGAAGCGUUUUUUGUAAGGGCUCCCCGGAGGCAGACGUGGCACUGGCUUCGGAACCGGCAGUCUCUUGUUCACUCACUGUCCCAAUUACAACGAAACUAUCGAAACUCCUUCUACUGGACUCGUGCAGACCGUGUGUGGAAUGUGGAAAAAAAUUAUUAAGAACAUGUUCGUGUGCUUGGAAAGUACCCGUACCACACAAGUGCGCUGGUGCCAACCGCAGGCAUGUCCCUCGGUGGACGUGUUCUUGACCGAACCCCGACAGCCUGUUUGCCACGGACCGGAGAAAAAGCUUUCGAGCAACG